AUGUUUUAUCGCCGUUUGGAUUGCAGAAAACAAGCAAGAAGAUAAAUUCGGAAAAGAAAAGUAAAAAAGAAAAUCUGGAAAAGAAAAGCCAAAAAGGCGAGACGAGAAGUUCCCCACCCUUGUUAAGCUCCCGGCCCAUUUGCUAAACUAGGCGCCAACUCCUCGCCGCCUCCCGCGAUUUCCUCCCCAAUCCAUUUCGCUCCUCCUCCGCCCCGUCGACGAACAGAGCGGUCCGUGCCAUGCCGCGGCAGGGGCGACGGGGAAGAGGGCGCGACCGGCCGGGCCGCGCCUGAGCGACGUGGGGUGAUCGGGCGGCGCCAAUGGACGAGUCCGGGGACGCCGGCAGGGGAGGGAGGGGCGGCGGGAGGUCGAGGCAGAAUGGGGGCCGCUCGUCGGUCCGGCUCGGCGUGCGGAUGGAGUUCAGGUUCUCCGGCUUCCACGCCGUUCAGGUACCAGUAGUAUCAGACAGGCUGCUCAUUACAAUCACGUCAGUAGACAGUGGAAAAACAAUUGCCAAGUCAAGUAAAGCGGCUGCUAUUAAUGGAGCUUGUCAAUGGCAUGACUCCAUCCUGCAUGCAAUUCGGUUUCCUAAAGAUGAAGUGUCACAAGAAUUUCAGGAGUGCCAGUGCAAGAUUGUUGUUUCCAUGGGAUCAACAAGAACUGCUGUUCUUGGGGAAGCGUACCUAAAUCUGACGAACUAUCUCAGUUCAUCAGACUCCACUGACAUCUCUUUGCCAUUGAAGAAUUGCAAUUCUGGCACAGUUUUACAGCUUAAGAUUCAAUGUCUUGGCGCAAAAUCUAAAUCAAGUGGGAAAUCAUGGAAAGGGCUAUCUUCUAAUCUUAAGGAGAGCCCAACCAAUGAUGAGAUGGACAAAAAGGCAGACGUCUUUGACAUUCUGUUGAAGUUGAACAAGGGUGCUCAGUCUUUGUCAGAAAAUAAUUUAGAAGCUGAUAAUGCAGAUGAAUCUGGAAAUAGGGAUGCAAGUUUCUCAGAAUCAAAGUCUCAUGGUGAUGAUUCAUCCAAAAAUCACCUUGACACCGCCGAAGAAAAACUUGAGGAGUUACGUAACGCGGCAAAAGUGUGGGAGAGACAUUCUCGCAAGUUGAAAAUUGAACAGAAGACAUUGAAGAAUGAGUGUGCUGACAAAUCCAAGCAGCAGGCUGAGCUAGAACGGCAACUUUCUGCUUCACUUUCUGAACAGGAUUCCUUGAGGCAAGAAAUUGAACAAGUAACAGCCCAACUGAACAAGACUCAAGAGACCAAUAUAGAGCUUGUUUCCAUUCUCCAAGAACUGGAAGAAACGAUAGAACUGCAGAGAGUGGAAAUGUCCAAACUUCCCCAAGUGAGUGAUGUGGCUGAUCACGAGGUCUCCAAAAGUGAAUCGACAGUUCAAGAAGCUGCAGAAUGGGCUAGAAUACUGUCACAAAAAGAAGAUGAAAUCACAGUGUUGAGGGAGAAACUGAACCGUGUUCUCAAAAUGGAGAAUGCAGAUGGUGCAGGCCCAGAUGUUAUUUAUCUUGAAUUGGAAAAAGAAAAUGAUUUUUUGAAGGUCAAAAUACAGGAGCUUGAGAAUGACUUUUCUGAAUUAACGGAGGAAAAUUUCGGGCUUAUAUACAAGUUGAAAGAAGCGAGUGGGGUGGCGAAAGAAGAGGAUCCCUGCAUUUCUAAUAGUGAAGAAAUGCCCACCGUGGGGAGCCCAACAUAUAAGAUAAAACACCUAGAGAGAAAAUGUGCUGACCUUGAGUUGAAUCUGGAGAAUUUUAGGUCCGAGUUCAGUGGGCUAGAAGAGAAGUUCCAGAAAAGCCAAGAGGAGUUAAAAGAGAGAACACUUGAAUUAUCUGAGCUGAGGGAAAAGCUCUCCCAUGCCACUGAACUGGAAGGGGCUGACACUGGUAGUUCAAGACAUUAUAGACUGAGAAGUGGAGAACCUGAUGAUACUGAAACUGACUUAGAUGUGUUGAAGCGUACAGUUCAGCUGAAAGAACAAGAGAUCGAUGGUUUGCAACACUGUACGAGAGAAAUGGAGAACACCAUUGCUGAUAUUCAGAAAGAGAAGAGUCAGUUAGAGGAACGUUUGGCAGCAUCACUUCAAGAAAGUAGCAUGACUUCAAAAUGCUUGGUUGAAGCGCAUGAAGAUCUCGUGCUUACCAGCAGUGUAGAUUCCCAUGUUUCUUCCAAUGAGGUCCUCGAAACAAAGAUCAGUGAGCUUGAGCGUACAGUUCAGCUGAAAGAACAAGAGAUCGAUGGUUUGCAACACUGUGCAAGAGAAAUGGAGAACACCAUUGCUGAUAUUCAGAAGGAGAAGAGUCAGUUAGAGGAACGUUUGGCAGCAUCACUUCAAGAAAGUAGCAUGACUUCAAAAUGCUUGGUUGAAGCGCAUGAAGAUCUCGUGCUUACCAGCAGUGUAGAUUCUCAUGUUUCUGCCAAUGAGGUUCUCGAGACAAAGAUCAGUGAGCUUGUGCGUACAGUUACGCUGAAAGAACAGGAGAUCGAUGGUUUGCAACAUUGUGUGAGAGAAAUGGAGAACACCAUUGCUGAUAUUCAGAAGGAGAAGAGUCAGUUAGAGGAACGUUUAGAUUCCCAUGUUUCUGCCAAUGAGGUUCUCGAAACAAAGAUCAGUGAGCUUGUGCGCACAGUUAUGCUGAAAGAACAGGAGAUAGAUAGUUUGCAACAUUGUAGGGGAGAAAUGGAGAACACCAUUGCUGAUAUUCAGAAGAAGAGUCAGUUAGAGGAACGUUUGGCAGCAUCACUUGAAGAAACUAGCAUGACUUCAAAAUGUUUGGAUGAAGCGCGAGAAGAACUCCUUGUGCUUACCAGCAGUGUAGAUUCCCAUGUUUCUGCCAAUGAGGUUCUCGAAACAAAGAUCAGUGAGCUUGUGCAUACAGUUAUGCUGAAAGAACAGGAGAUCGAUGGUUUGCAACUCUGUACGAGAGAAAUGGAGAACACCAUUGCUGAUAUUCAGAAGGAGAAGACUCAGUUAGAGGAACGUUUGGCAGCAUCACUUGAAGAAAGUAGCAUGACUUCAAAAUGGUUGGAUGAAGCGCGGGAAGAUCUCCUUGUGCUUAGCAGCAGUGUAGAUUCCCAUGUUUCUGCCAAUGGGGUUCUCGAAACAAAGAUCAAUGAGCUUGUGCAUACAGUUAUGCUGAAAGAACAGGAGAUCAAUGGUCUGCAACAUUGUACGACAGAAAUGGAGAACACUAUUUCUGAUAUUCAGAAGGAGAAGGAUCAGCUAGAGGAACGUUUGGCAGCAUCACUUGAAGAAAGUAGCAUGACAUCAAAAUGCUUGGAUGAAGCGCGAGAAGAUCUCCUUGUGCUUACCAGUAGCGUAGAUUCUCAUGCUUCUGCCAAUAAGGUUCUCGAAAGAAAGAUUAGCGAGCUUGAAAGCCGCAAAGUUGAACUAGAGUUGCUUGUAACAAAGCUGGAACAAGAGAAUAUUGAGUUUUCCGAGUUCAUAUCUGAACUAGAGUCUCAGUUGACUUCUCUCACAAGUGAAGAGGAGGCAACCAGGCUAGAAAUGGAUUAUUCUAUAUCACUUAUCGCAAAUCUUAAGGAUUUAGUAGAACAGCAGCAAGCAGAGAUGGAAGCUCAAAAGCUGGAAAUGAAGCAAAAGCAUUUGGAGUCCCAAACUAGAUUGUCAGAAGUACAAGAGGAUUCGGAGGCUCUAAGAAGAUCAAAUGCAAAACUACAGGCCACAAUUGAUAGUGUUGCUGAAGAAUGCAGUUCUCUUCAGACUCUAACAGCUGACCUAAAGAAGCAGAAGCUGGAAUUACAUGACCAUUGUGCACAGCUGGAGCAGCAAUUAGAUCAAUCAAAAAGGAAGACAAUGGAUUUGUUCGAAACAGCAGAGUUCCUAGAGGCAAAACUCUCUACGCUUCAAAAAGAGGUAACUUUAAAAGAGCAAUCUUUGCUUUCAGAGCUGGAGAAUAUAUUCCAGGAGCACAAGGAACACGAAGAAAGGAUAAAUAGUGCACAUUUCCUUUUACACAAGAUAGAGAACGAAAAGAUUGGUGAAGUGAAGAAUCUUGAGAGGGAGGUCAUGAGCCUUACUGCACAGCUGUCCUCCACAGACGGGGAGAAAGACAGUGCCGCCUUGGAUAGCAUACAUGAGGUCUCCAUCCUGCGAGCAGACAAGGCCAAACUUGAGGCUAACCUUGAAGAUGUCAGUGCACAAAUGAGACAUUAUCAGUCUCAGUUGGAAGAUCUUCGUACAGAGUCUAAAACCAAAAUUAAAGGCCUGAUUGAUUCGCUUAACGCAUCCAAACAUAAUGAGGAAACACUGACAACAGAUGUUGAGCAUAUGACAAGAUUGAUGGAAGCUGCUAGAUCCAAUGAAGAAAACUUAAGGAAAACUUCAGACGAACUAGAGUUGAAGUAUAAAUCCAGUGAUUAUGAGAAACAGGAAGUAAUGGAGGAAAUUUCUGGACUAAAAAUCCAGGUUAGCAAAAUGGCAAGCAUCCAAGAUGAAGUUUUCAAACUACAAAGUUCUCUUGAUCAGGCUAAGUUUGAAAAGACAAAAUUAGAAGAGCGUCUGCAGUCACUAUCUGAAGAAUGUGAAGAACUAAAGGUGCAGAAGGCCAUGUUAACAGACCAAGUCUCUUGUAUCCAGAGUACUUUGCAUGAUGCCGAUGAAGAAAAUCGUCGUAAAUCCACUCAAGCAAAGCUUGUAGUAAAUAAGGGUAAUGACGACGCUGCUAAUGACAAUGGAGGUACUCAUGUUAAUGAAGAUCUAGACAUUCACUCAAAGCUAGAAUUACUGGAGACUAGACUUGCUGAUGCAUUGGAGGAAAAUAAAUCAUAUAGGGCGCAGCUGCAAAGUCCAACGGGAGAGGGACAACUCGGUCGAAGGGAUGAAAAGGAUAACAAGGAUGGGAACAGGAUAGCACAACUGGAGUCAGAGCUAAAAGAUAUGCAGGAUCGGUUACUCAACGUGAGCAUGCAAUAUGCAGAAGUGGAGGCUCAACGAGAAGAACUAGUUAUGGAGUUGAAAAGUGCAACUGCAAGGAAGGGACGAUGGUUCUAGGGGAUGACGAGCAACUGUGUGCCAUAACCGUAAGGCCCACAGUCCACAGUACAGGACAUAUUUUGUCGACGUCGGAGGGUACCGGCAUUCCCAGACAACCACCGUGCAAGAGCUGAGUAAUUCCAAGCAAGUGCAGAACUGGAUAUGUGCUCUGAGCUGCACCGGAAGCUGUGCCCCCAAAAGAAUAAAAUGCUCAUGGUUCUCACUUCUCAGGUCUCAGUGAUGAAGCAAUCACAUGGCAACAACCAUUCACAGUUAGCAGUUGGGAGGCCCUACUACACUUAGUCUCAACCGAUUAUUAGUUAUCACAACUUCACAAGCAUAUGUGGUGCUAGGGGAUAGCCUAAAAUUCAUCGGUUCAUAUAACCACACAGACCACUCUUCCCUUUACACAGAGUGACAGAGCCAACAUAACCGUUGGUUAGUUCAUCUUUGUAGAUUAAUCAACUGCUGAUAAGUGUAGUUUUUCUUGCUGAAUUGUAUAGUUGGUCACGUGAUAUCCUUUUGUAGG